CGUAUAAAUAAUUGUGAGCCACAUUCAGCGCAAAAUAUUGUAACUGCUGUGUUUAACAGAAUAAUAUUGAAGAUUAAUUAUUUAUUGGAUAUUUCCAGUUAGAAAUAUAUUUCACAUCUUUCGAAGCGUGUUGAAGAAUUUACAUAUUCUCUAAAAUUUCGUUACUGCCGAAUUCAAUGUUUACUUUCUCAGCAAUCGUAGCAUUCCAGACAAAGUUGCUCUUUUAUCUAAAACUUCUAAGAAAUUUUCUAGUGAAUCUUGAAAAUGGAUCGUUUGGUCAAAUUAAACAAAGCUUUAAGCUCUGAAACUUUUGGAUUAAAUCAGUGCAUUUGCGAGGAUCAAGAUAAGAAAAGGUCGAAGAAGAAAGAAAAAAUUCUUUUGCUAUAUUCGAGGCAUGCAUUGGAACUGAAGACAAGACAGAAAAGACUUGACGAGAAAAACGAGCGCUUUUUAAGCAUAUUGCUGAAAACGCGCGCCAGAGUUGACGAUCAGACUAUUGAGAAAAUUCCGGACAGAAGACCUCCUAAGAAGACCGAGAAACAACUCUAUCCGAACUACUUAAAACCCGAGGAUAGCAUUUCAAUCAACCGAUGCCGCAGGAAGAUUUACCUUGAGUUCAGCCCAGACGCAAAAUCUGAACAAACUUAUGGAAGACUCUCAGUUAUUCUGCUGUUCGACUUGGCUCCGGAAACAUGCAAAGUUUUUGUUGAGUACAUCACUCGGGUCACUUUCCAGCACGCUCUUCCCGUCACGCGAAUCUACACGGAACGAUGUCUUGAAUGGCUGAUUGUUGAUCCCGUGCUGGGCAACCGCCUGGAUCACUAUCAGAUCCCCGUUAAUCACGACUACGCUGGGACACUCUCGGCUCUCUAUAUAUGCAGCAAAUUCAGCAGAGGAUCCUACAUCAGCUUCGCCAUAACAUUCAAUCCUGUGCCCCAAUUCGAUGGUCGCCGCCAAGUGUUUGGCUAUGUUGUUAAGGGAGCAGAACUUCUGCAGUACUUAGAAUCUCUGGGAACAAGUCGCGGGUAUAAAAGAGAAGAUCUUUACCUCAAUCGAUGUGGCGUUGAUUUUUAA